ACCUAAUCCAACAAAAGUUGCAGACAUCAUUCUUGUUUUUUUUGAAUUGAUACACGAAAACAUGAACCCACACAAUCCACAAUAAGACAUCUUAUUGGGUGACAAACUGUCCAAUGAGCUCACUGCGAUACACCCGACAGCAACACAACAUCCAACCACACGUCAUGAGGCCGGGCCAGUCCGCACACCAGCCGACCUAAAGCUGAUCUAAAGCUGAUCUAAAGCUGAUCUCAAGCUGAUCUCAAGUCAUACCACCAAGAGAAGCCAUCGCCCCCAACACUGUGCUCCUGGAGGAGGGAGGAGUCGGCUCCUGGAGGAGGCCAGGGGAGGAGCUGGUGUUCUCAGCGCUGCAGCAGGUCUCCGUCGCUCGCUGAUAAGAUGUUCAGACGGUGUCUGGAGGGGAGCCGGAGGGAGGAGGAGGUGGGGAGAGGAGGAGGAGAGCCAUAAUCCGCCCGUCACUCGACUCUAGGAGAGGAGGUCUGCGUGGUCCGGCCUCCAGAAGCACCCCCCUCCAGGGAGAGACCGGAGCCCACGUGAACAGAGACACAGCAGUCUGACAGGGGAAGCCCCCGGUGACGAGACGCAGCCCCCUCCCAGGAAGGAGGCAGACGAGGACACUUACUCCCCCCUAGGAAGGAGGGAGGGUCCAGCCCCGCGUGAGAGAGGGAGCAGGGGACCCCCGCCCCCUCCCGACCCAGCAGGAGGUCAUCCUGGCCGGUGCGGCCGUGGCCUUCACCUUCGCAGCCUUCUGCUACAUGCUGACCCUGGUGCUCUGCGCAGCCCUCAUCUUCUUCGUCAUCUGGCAGAUCAUCGCGUUUGACGAGCUUCGAACCGACUUCAAAAACCCCAUCGACCAGGGCAACCCGGUCCGGGCGAGGGAAAGAAUUCUUAACAUUGAGCGGAUCUGCAGCCUACUCCGAAAGCUGGUGGUCCCAGAGUACUCCAUCCACGGUCUCUUCUGUCUGAUGUUCAUGUGUGCGGGGGAGUGGGUGACUCUGGGUCUCAACAUCCCCCUGCUCUUUUACCACCUCUGGAGGUUCUUCCACCGGCCGGCCGAUGGCUCAGAGGUGAUGUACGACCCGGUCAGUGUGAUGAACGCAGACAUCCUGAACUACUGCCAGAAGGAGGCAUGGUCUAAGCUGGCCUUCUACCUGCUCUCCUUCUUCUACUAUCUCUACAGUAUGGUCUACGCCUUGGUGAGCUUCUAAGCAAACAGGAAGUAGAAACGAAGAUCAGGAGCCAAAAUAAAAGCCCCGUCAACGAAGACGCCUUCGGUCAAACCUCAGAGGAGAUUCCCUUCUCAGAGAGAUCGUACCGAACUAAAGGUUCCUCUCCCGCUGCUUGGUCUGAUUAAGGGAUGAGUCUGCAUCUUAACCGGGACAAACAAAUACACUUAAACAGUUUGGGUUGCCUUCUUGUUGGAUUACUUAAUCCAACAAUGUUACUUAAGGGCUGUAGUUCCCACUGCUCGUGCAGAAUCAGUUAAUCCACUCACUGUGAAUGUCCCCUUAGCGCCUCCCUCAGACCCUUAUCCCUUACUCUUAACGAAAACCCUAGCCUUAAGCCUAACCUAAACUCUGGCCCCAGGGCCACUAACCCCAACCCUAGCCACUAACCCUAGCCCUAAAAACUAGCUCUAACUCUAGCCCUUGACCCCUUAACUUAACACCAGACUUUAACUCUAGCCCUUAACCCAACACCCUAAACCUAACCCUAACUCUAGCCCCCAACCCUAAACCUCAACCUAACCCUAACUCUGGCCCCCAACCCUAAACCUGAACCUAACCCUAACUCUAGCCCCCAACCCUAAACCUAACCCUAACUCUAGCCCCAACCCUAAACCUAAACUUAGAUCUAGCCCUCAACCUUAAACUAACCCUGAGCCUCAUUCCUCUCCCAGCCGAAGCCCCCUGCCCACCCCUCCCGAGCCCCCUCCUAACCAGGUGAUCACUGCCCACCCCUCCCGAGCCCCCUCCUACCCAGGUGAUCACUGCCCACC